AUGGAGUCCAUUGCGCGGAUAUCCAGCCUGCUCGAGAGCGCCCGAGAGCUCACCCUCGAUGCCGCCUCAGCCACGCGCAGCUCCCGCAGCACCGGCCGCCCUCUCGACCGUACACAGAUUAAGAAGCUACUGGACAGUCGAAAUGAGCGCGAGGUGCUCGACGGCCUGCGCCGCGUCCUCUCGAUGAUGUACCGCGGCCAAAAGACGUUACCCUUCUUCUCCUCUGUUGUCAAGAAUGUCGCCUCGCCGAACAUCGAAAUCAAGAAGCUUGUCUAUAUCUACCUCAUUCAUCAUGCCGAACAAGAACCCGAUCUGGCUCUGCUCUCCAUCAAUACCAUUCAGAAAUCCCUCUCCGAUACGAACCCCCAAGUCCGCGCCCUUGCUCUCAAGACAAUGUCUGGCAUCCGAGUCCCAGUCAUCAGUCAGAUCGUAUCUCUCGCAAUCAAGAAGGGUGUGGCAGAUAUGAGUCCCUACGUACGCCGAGCUGCCGCCCUCUCCAUCCCCAAAUGCUACCGCCUCGAUCCCACACAGUUGCCGCAACUCCUCGAAUACCUAACUGCGCUCCUUGGCGACAAGCAGUACUUUGUCGCCGGUGCGGCAGUUUCGGCCUUCCUCGAGAUAUGUCCCGAUCGAAUCGAUCUCAUACAUCCCCAGUACCGGGCGUUGGUCAAAAAGGUCGUAGACAUGGACGAGUGGAGUCAGCUGGCGACGCUGAGAAUGAUGACAUAUUACGCAAGGAAAUGCUUUCCCAGGCGGACACGCAGCGUUAAAAGUCAGGAAAAGGCUACCAACUUGGGCGACUUUUAUGGAGAAACAUCGCAGACUGGAGGCGAGGAGCAAGAGGUUGCCGUCGUGGACCCAGAUCUCGCCUUGCUCCUCAACGGUAUCAAACCGUUGCUACAGAGCCGCAAUUCAGCUGUGGUCAUCGCGGUUACGAGAUGUUACGUCGAUAUUGGCACGCCGGAAUACGUCAAGACAGCGAUUGGCCCACUCGUUGCGCUCCUCAGGGGGCCACAAGACAUCCAGCAAGUCGCCCUCUACAACAUUGUCUCGGUGUGCCUGACGAGGCCAACCGACUUUGUCAAAUAUGCCAGCCACUUCCUUGUCAGAGCUACGGACCCUGCGCAAGUAUGGGAGCUGAAACUGGAAAUUCUGACACUCAUCUUCCCUCACGCACCGCCACACAUCAAGAGCCUCAUUCUGAACGAACUCGAGCACUUUUCCGGCUCAACGAACAAAGCGCUGGUAAGAGAAGCAGUACGCGCUAUUGGACGGUGCGCCCAGACGGACUCAUCUGCGGCUCCCAGGUGUCUUCGUUUACUACUCGGACAGAUCACGAGUCUUGAUGGAACCUUGGCAGCGGAAUCUCUGACGGUGAUUCGGCACCUGAUCCAGCAAGAUCCCCAGGGGCAUGUAGGCACAGUUGUUCGUUUGGCGAAGAACCUAGACUCGGCAACAGACCCUCAAGCAAGGGCAACCAUCAUUUGGCUUGUGGGGGAGUUCUCGGGCCUUGAAGGCGAAGACAAUAUUGCCGCAGAUGUGAUGCGGAUUCUUCUCAAGGAUUUCGCGAGUGAAGCAGAGGUAGCCAAGGGACAGAUCCUUCUUCUCGCUGCCAAGGUCUACCUACAUCACAUAAACCGACAAAACGAGAACAAGGGCGAAGACGAUGCGCCCGUACCAGUCCAGGACGACCACCCCGUGGCGAAACUCUGGGAUUAUGCGCUAUUACUGGUCCGCUACGACACAUCGUACGACCUCCGCGACCGAGCCCGGAUGUACCGAGCCCUCCUUUCCGUGCCCCAACUAGCCACGUUAAUGUUGUUGGCACCGAAGCCCGCGCCCCAAGCUCCCAGCCCAUCAGAGACACGCAAGGGCUUCAUGCUCGGCUCGUCAACGCUUGUGUUGGCCGGUGGAGGUGGCAUUCACGGGUUACGUGGUUACGAUGCUCUUCCCGAAUGGGUUGCGGAGGGCUCAGAACCCGACAGGAGAUUACGAGAGACAGAAGCAACAUCGAGCUACGGUGAGGAUAAAAACGUGCCGGCAAGUCAAAUGCUCGACAGCGCAGUCAGGGCGGCGCCAACGAGGACCAACGGUCUCGGUGCCGUUGUGGGUGCCGGUGCUGCAAGCGGUGUUGGUGUCAAGACGCUCGAUGACUGGCUUGCCGAGGAAGAGAAAGAGGAGCAACAGGCGGCCUUCCACAUGGAGGAGGAAGAGGAUGAUGAGGACGACGAGGAAGAGGAGGAAGAAACAGACGAUGAGGAUGAAGAAGACGAGGAUGAUGACGAAGACGAGGAAGACGAAGAGGACGAGAGCAGCGACGACGACAGCGAUUGA